ACAUCCCGUUCUUCCGAUGCUUCCUAUCCUAGUCUGUAGAAGUCACUCUCGUUUGGUAUUGUUUGGAAAAUGGCUGAUACGAAGUUGUAUGAUGUAUUAGGAGUUAGCAAAAAUGCUUCCGAUCUUGAAAUUAAAAAGGCCUACCGCAAGCUAGCCAAGGAAUUUCAUCCUGACAAGAACCCUGAAGCAGGAGACAAAUUCAAGGAAAUAUCAUUUGCAUAUGAAGUUCUGUCAGACAGUAAGAAGCGUUCAGUCUAUGAUAAAUUUGGACUGAAGGCAAUGCAGGAAGGGGGCCAUGAUGGCCCAGGCUUUGCUCCUGACGAUUUCUUUUCCCAUCUUUUUGGUGGGGGUCUGUUUGGAAUGGGCAUGGGUGGUGGCAUGGGAGCUAGACGACAGCACCGAGGUGAAGAUACAGUUCAUCCACUAAAGAUUUCAUUAGAAGAGAUGUACAAUGGCAAGACAGCUAAACUUCAGCUUAGUAAAAAUGUAAUUUGUGCAGCAUGUGAUGGGAAAGGUGGACGAAGCGGUGCAUCUCAUACUUGCCGUACCUGUCGAGGAUGUGGCGUUAAAAUUUCAUAUAGGCAGCUUGGACCUGGCAUGUCCCAGCAACUUCAAUCACGGUGCCCAGAUUGUCGGGGAGAAGGGAAAGUUAUUAAUGAGAAAGACCGCUGCUCACUUUGCCAUGGCAAGAAAGUGGUGAAUGAAACUAAAAUUCUGGAUGUCCACAUUGACAAGGGCAUGAGAGAGGGUCAGAAGAUUUACUUUCGAGGAGAGGGAGAUCAACAGCCUGAAGUUGAACCUGGAGACGUGAUCAUCGUCUUGCAUCAGAAACAUCAUGACAAAUUUCAGCGCUCAGGUGAUGACCUAGUGAUGACACAUACCAUCACACUCACAGAGGCACUCUGUGGGUUCUGCAUGGGGCUGAAACAUCUUGAUGGUCGUGAACUUCUGAUAAAACAUCCUCCUGGACAGGUUGUUAAACCAGGUGACAUUAAGGGUAUUGAAGGUGAGGGUAUGCCUCAUUAUAGAAAUCCUUUUGAGAAGGGCAACUUGUACAUCAAGUUUGAUGUUACCUUUCCAGAGAACCACUUCACAAAUGAAAUAAAGCUCAAGGAACUGGAGCAGCUGCUACCACCACGACCUACAUUUGAGAUGCCUAAGGGAGACAAUUUUGAAGAAGUGGACCUUCAUGAGUAUGAUCCCAAUGAACGCACUGCUGGUAUGUCUGGCCGGCAGGAAGCAUAUGCCAGUGAUGAUGAUGAACAUGCUGGUGGUCCAGGUGGCAUUCAGUGCUCUCACCAAUGAUGCCCCUGUUGCAACUUUAGUCUGGCCAAAUUGCCAUGUGGCUAAUUGCCUAAUGAUUCUGGGAGCUGUAUGAACUUUAUAUUUGAAUUUAUUUAAACGCAUACCUUAAUAGAAAAACAAUUGGUUGGUUCUUAAAUGCCUCAUCCAAGCAUCAUGUCAUUUCCAAGAUCUGUUUGUUGUAAUUUUUAUGGAUGAGAUUAGUGCAUUUUAAUUUUAUUUUAUAGAAUUGAAUAUCUCUCAUGUGAAUAUCCCAAACAGUGUGCUAAAGGUUAGUGCUGUGGAAAAAAAAAAAGAAAGCUUGUCUGACCAUAAUGUUUAUAAAGCAAAACAUUUUACUCGUUGAAAAAUUCAUUAAAAAUAAGACACUUGGUCAUUCUUUAAUAAUUUAAACGUUUCUCCUAAUAGUGAUCACACAUUCAAAAUGCUAGUUGUCAAGAGAUAAAACAUUGUAACACAUAGAAUUGGGGAGAACAGUGUACUGCUGUGGUUGGUUAUAUAUUACCCAUCAAAAAUAAUAUAAAUUAAGAGUUUUUGUUACUGUCAUGUUUUGCUUGUGCAGUGUUGAGGGAGACUGUAUGAUAUGUUUUAAUAUACCCAUGAGUGGAUAUGAGUGAAUUAUUACGGUUACUCAUUAUGUAAAAAAGUGAAAAAUAACGUAGUACAUAACUGUAUGUCUUGACAGAGCUGAAUGGAUUAAAUGUAAGAAGUGCUCCAAUGUUAAAAAUGCAGAAUGCAUAAACAUGUGUAAAAUGUGUCACAGUAUUUAUUCUUUUUGUAUAUAUUAGAAACGGUCUCUGUGAAGUCAGGAGUAGCUCUGCAACUAUCCUGAAGGAGGAUCAUGAAUAACAGUUGGCUAAUAUUGAAAUGUAUGCAAUCCAUCAUUGAGGACCAGCAUUUAUAACCUGUAAUCCAAACAGUUGUUGCAUCUUACAAUUGCAUGAUGAUAAACAAGAAUUUUCCAACCAGGACUGGAAGAAAAUAAAUAAAUUGUUGAUUUUUUUAUGUGCAUGAUAGAUUGUUUUGCUUGAGGGUAAAGAAAACAGACAUUUUGAAAAAAAUAUACCAAGAGGUUUGAGAAUUUUAAA